GUGAUUGUAAAUCCUUCAGGAUCUAUGAAAUAAAGGGAAAAAAAGCCAGGGAAAGUAAUCAGAUGGAAGGGGGGACGUUCCAAGGGGCACAGACCCUAGCUUUGCCACAGAUUCCCGAUCUCCCGGAUCCAGCCGGUGCAUCAGGGUGUGCUCGGCACAGUACAGCGCUUAAACUCCCACCAACCCGUCUCCAGCUCCGACCCUUCCUGAGCUGCGCACUAGCGGAAAGUUGGGCUUCCUACUGCUUUCGCCUGCGGCCCGCGAGUGGCUCAGCCCGACUCCGCGAUCCCUGGCUGAGCGCUCCUCCUCUGCGCAUGAGUCGCGGCGGGAGGCUCCGCGCCUGGGCUAUUUCAGGGGCUGGGCACCGGGGGAAGAUGCUCAGUGUCUGAAGGGGGCCGGGCCGUGCCCAGGGGGGCUGCGGCGGCGGCUGGAAGCCAGGAGCCGUCGGGGCAGAGGGGGCUGCAGCACCGCGGACAGCGCACAGCGAGCUCCGCUCCGAGCCUCCGACUCCACCGCCACGCCACGGCUCCGCUGCCCCGGCUCCGGCUCGACGCCGCCCCGGACCCCGGUGCCUCCGCUCCGGACCACGUUGCCGCUGCCCCCGUGCCCCGGCCCCUUGCUAGCAGGGUCCCCCCGGUGCUCUCCCCCUCUCCUCCGUCCCCACUCGCUCCCCGUUCCCCCCGGCACCAUGCGCGGACGGCUACGGGCGGCGGCUUGCGAGGCUGCGGUGCCGGCUCGGAUGCCCCUUUCCUCCUGCCCUCGCCCGCUCCAGGCGACCCGCUGAGAGAUGGACUUGGCAGCCGUGCUGCUGGCGUUGCUCCUCGUGCUGGUGCUGGUCGUCUCCCUGCUCUCCAACCUCCUGGUGCUGCUAUGCUUCGUCUACAGUACGGAGAUCCGCAAGCAGGUCGCCGGGGUUUUCCUGGUGAACUUAUCCUUUUGCAACCUGCUCCUUACCGUCCUGAACAUGCCUUUCACCCUGCUGGGGAUUCUGAGGAACCAGCAGCCCCUCGGGGGCUGCGUCUGCAAAGCGGUGGGUUUCCUGGAAACUUUCCUCACUUCCAACACGAUGCUGAGCAUGGCAGCACUCAGCAUCGACAAGUGGAUUGCCGUGGUGUUCCCCUUGAGCUACACCAGCAAGAUGCGGUAUAAGGACGCUGUGAUACUGAUGGGCUACUCGUGGCUCCAUUCCCUCACCUUCCCCUUGGUAUCCUUGUUUUACUCGUGGGUAGAUUACAGCAGCGUUUAUGCCUCUUGCACCUUGCACCUGAAGGAAGAGACAGAGCGGAGACGCUUUACGGUGUUCACCAUCAUCUUUCACUCCACCAGCUUCAUGCUGUCGCUGGUGAUCUUGUGUUUCACCUAUUUAAAGGUGUUGAAAGUUGCUCGGUUCCACUGCAAGCGGAUAGACAUUAUUACCAUGCAGACUCUGGUUUUGCUGGUGGACAUCCAUCCCAGUGUGAAGCAGCGCUGUCUCAACGAGCAGAAACGGAGGAGGCAGCGGGCUACCAAGAAAAUCAGUAUUUUUAUAGGGUCGUUCGUGAUCUGUUUUGGUCCUUACAUUAUCACCAGGUUGAUAGAGCUCCUUCCUUUUGUUACCAUAAACUACUACUGGGGAAUUAUAAGCAAGUGCCUCACCUACAGUAAGGCUGCAUCAGAUCCAUUUGUUUACUCACUUUUACGUCAACAGUAUAAAAAAGUUCUGAUCAACAUCGUCAAUAGGAUACUUAAGAGGGAUCUGUAUCCGUCAUCAGGGUACAACAGCUCUCUCGACACUGAAAAUGAUUACUGCUUGCACAGAACAAACUAACAACAUGGUAAGCACUCCCCUUCGAGUGAGACAGGCCUUUGACACUGCUGGAAAGCUGCCUUUUCCCUCUCAUGCUGACAGUGGUGACAGUGUCUGCAGGAUGUGGAAGCUGCAUUAAAGAAAUGCAACGUCUUUGUGGACUUUCCUGAAAGGUUCUUCCCUCAUCUGCAGCCAGUGUGAUGUAAGGCAAGGCCUUGCCCCUGAGUGAAUGGAGUAGGCUUCAGGGGUUUAAGGGAGCCUUUGGAGGCUUUAGAGAAGCUUAGAGGGAGCUUUUAAUAUUUCGAGUCUGAAGACUUGGUAUUUCUUGGAGCAUCCUGCAUCAGAUGUGAUAACCCAUCAUCUUCUGGGACCAUAGGAAUCCCCAGCUUGGAAGAAGAGGUUCAGAGUCCUCCGUGCUGUGCAUGUCCCUUGGAAGCCCUGGAUCUGUCCUGUUAGUUUUGAACAUUAAAAUUAAAUCUUUUAAUUGAUUGAUUAAUUGUAUUGGUGCCUCAAGUGAGUGAUAUGGGUCAACACUUUGAAUCUGAGAUUGUUAUUAUUAUUAUUCUUUAUUACUAGGCAUCAUGAUUGUAACAUAGCCUUUAGGAAGUGGUACAUAUAUUUGAUAUGCCAGUAUUCUAUCAAGCAUAACCAAAGUCCACAUAUCUGAGUUACUACUAUUUAGCACUUCAGUGGUAUGUGAUAACAAUAAUUGCAGCAACAGUAACAAAGGCAUAUAUGAAGUUUAGUUAAAUAGUACUGUAGUACCAUCACUGAGCUAGUCCUAUUCAAAAAAGUUUUUAUUGAGGGAAAAAAAAAAAAAAAAAAAGACCAGUUAGAUGGUAGAAGUGACAGAUACCACUGUGUUUAAGAUAUAUUACUUCAGAAGCUAUCUGGUUUCAAAACAGGCUAAAAUAUGUUAACGCUUUUUAAGGAAUAUACAAUGUGUAAAAUAUUUCAUGCAUUGGCUAUAUUUGGUGGAUUGUAACAAUAUUGUAUUCUUUUAUAUUGAUCAAUUAAUCUGAUGAUUUUAACAGAUACCGAGAGUUGUCUGAGAGAUAACAAACCUGCUGCCAAAUGCCCAGAAACACAAAAAUGUUUUAUUAUUAUAUGUAUUUUUCUCUUUUAUUUAUUUUUAAAUUUAAACAGGCUUUGGAAAAAAAAAUGUAGGAAUUAUUUUUGAACAAUGUUUUUUGAUUAUAUAAAACGAUUUAAAAUAUUCUAUGGUAUUCAAUAAUAUACUAUUUUAUAAUCUAGUACAUAAAGGGAAAAUUAAAGUAAUUCUAAGAUAUAUUUAAGAAAAGAGAAGACAUUAGAGAACACUUAUUUUUUAUGUAACAAUGAAUUUGACCCUAUUAAGCACAGAGAAGGCUCUUUCUGGUCAAUCUAAGUAUAUAAGCAUGUGAUUAGGUACAAAUAUAUUUUCCUUUGAAGUUAAUUGUUCUAUUCCCAUGCUGAAAAUUAAGUAGAUGCUUAACUGUUUUGUAAAAUCAGUGUUUCAGUAGUCAGCACAUGGAGAGAGGGUUGUUCCCACUAUCCUCAACAGGGAAAAAGGAGAGCAUCUUAUUGCAAUACCAUUGAAAAGGAAAGGUGAUGCUGUGUAACAAAUACAAUGUUCCCUUAUCUCCUGCUUUUAAUCUCUGAGGCCUUUCUGAAGCUAUUUAUUUUUUAUUUAUUAUUUUGCCAUGCGAGUACCUUAGGCCUCUGUGCUUUGCAUCUAUAGGUCUGCCUGUGUUUAAAUUGAAUGUAUUAUAAUGGUAUUGUCUUCUUAGUAAAGUAUUUGUACUCUCUCCAAUUUUGUGUAAAUACAAUAUUUCAGAAAAAAAAAUGUAUAU